AUGCAUAUUUUGUGGAUUUACUUCAGUUUUAUCCGACGAAGACAUCUGAUCAUCAAAGUGAGUGGUCGAGGGAAGACCGGUGGUAAGACUAGGGCUAAGGCCAAGACUCGUUCAUCCCGUGCCGGCCUUCAGUUCCCCGUGGGCCGUGUUCACAGACUGCUACGUAAGGGCAAUUACGCCCACCGUGUGGGAGCUGGUGCUCCUGUCUACUUGGCUGCCGUGCUGGAGUAUCUGACCGCUGAGAUCCUCGAGUUGGCUGGUAACGCCGCCAGAGAUAACAAGAAGUCUCGUAUCAUCCCUCGUCAUCUGCAGUUGGCCGUGCGUAACGACGAGGAGCUGAACAGACUGCUUGGAGGUGUAACCAUCGCUCAGGGCGGUGUGCUGCCUAACAUCCAGGCUGUUCUGUUACCCAAGAAGACCGAGAAAGCAGCCAAGUCCAAGUAA